UCUCUCUCUCUCUCUCUCUCUCUCUACAACUCGCACAAGUUCCACUAUCACAACGGUCUCUCUCUCUCUCUCGUCUUCACAACUUCGAACAAACCCUAAACCUUCUCCAUCGAUCGAACACUCCACGGAAUAAUAUCCACCAAUCUUGAUCGCUCGAUCAAUAUUCAACUUCCUUCGCGUCACUAGCAAUGGUACUUUUCUCCACACUCAUCGCCGCUCAUAUUCGGUUCUUGCUCCAGAGCCUCGACGAGUCCAAUUCCGACUCCGUCUUCCGCGAGCUCUGUCAGUUUGUUGACUAUGGAUGUGAGGGUAGCAUACUGCUGCUCCAAACCUGCUUGGAUCAUUCAAAUUUUCAAGAGGGAGAUGUGCAAAAAAUGCAACUGAAGUCUGAUUUGCUAGCUGGAAUCUUCAGAUAUUUAUUGCAAUGUCUGAAUUUCAGCUCCAUAUUUUGUGAAGCAAUGAGGAACAUGGUCAUGAGUGAACGAUUUAUUUCAGAUUUUUGUGAUGCAUUACAGUUAUCACUUUAUGAAAAAGUUGGGGUUGGCCUUUCUUUGGCGGACUCCGAGAAUGUAGCCAUUAGGACAAAUGGACAAAACUUUUGCAUAGGCCAAAUUGAUCAGUUGUUGAGAAGUUCUGCUGUAUUAGAGUCUGCCGAGCAAAUUCAAAAUGUUAUUAUGUUUUUGGAUCGCUCAGAGGGCCUUUCUAAGCAUGUGGAUUCCUUUAUUCAAAUGCUAUAUUUGAUGGAGCUGAAGGAGAGGACUCCAUUGAUAUUAUCUCCAUUGCUUUCUCAUGAUACAGUCGAGGCCAGGAAUAUGGAUUUAUUCUACGGUUGUAGAGAAAAUGAGUUUGAUGCAAUUUUGGCGGAGAUGGCGAGUGAAACCAGUAUGUCGUCUAUUUUGUCGGAACUGGGUUAUGGAUGCACAGUUGACGCUUCACAUUGCAAUGAGGUGUUAUCUCUUUUCUUGCCGCUCACUGAAGCCACACUAUCAAGAAUACUUGGUACAAUUGCCCGCACGCAUACUGGUCUUGUGGUCAACCAAAAUUAUUGUUCAACGUUCUACACUUCUAUUGGUGGCAGUGCCACUUAUGACUUGUCAUGUCUGAGCUCUUGGAAUAUUGAUGUCCUCGUGGAUUCAAUUAAGCAACUUGCUCCUGAUACCAACUGGAUACACGUUAUGGAGAAUCUGGACCAUGAGGGUUUUUACCUUCCUAGUGGCCAGGCAUUUUCCCUUUUCAUGGCCAUUUAUCAUUGUGCAUCUCAGGAACCCUUUCCGCUGCAUGCCUUAUGCAGGUCUGUCUGGAAGAACGUUGAGGGCCAGUUGUCUUUUUUGAGAUAUGCUGUUUCAUCACCACCAGAAGUAUUUACAUUUGCCCAUUCUUCUAGGAAGCUGGCGUGUGCUAAUGCAUUGAGUGAUAAGGUGGUUCCACAAGGACUAACAAAUCAUGCGUGGAUAUCUCUUGACCUUCUGGAGGUGUUGUGCCGUCUAGCUGAAAGGGGCCAUGCUAAAUCUGUCCGACAAAUUUUGGAGUCACCUCUUAAACAAUGCCCUGAACUUUUGUUGCUUGGGAUUGCUCAGAUUAAUACUCCCUAUAAUCUACUUCAAUAUGAAGUGUUUUCUGCUGUAUUCCCCAUAAUAGUUGCCUAUGCCACUGGAAGUAGUAUCGUUCGGCAGCUUUGGCAAUCUAAUCCCAAGCUUCUCUUGCAAGGAUUUCUGGAUAUAAUGAGAACAGACCAAGGCAACAUGGUUAAAGUUUUGGACAUUUGUCAGGAGUUGAAGGAAAAGGUAGUCCAUAGAGGAGAUAAGGAAUCACUUACAAAACUUGUGGUCUUGGGCACAUCACUGAAUGGAAAAUUGAUGAUUCUGUCAUCCGUACUGGAGCAGGUGCCAAUUUACUUCAGCAUCCGACUUGCUGUUGUCGCCACACGGAAAGAAUGCAUAAAUUUUGUGAGAUGGUUGGAUGAUAAUAUAAGAACUCAUAAAGAUGUAUUCGUUGAGGAGUGCCUCGAGUUUUUAAAGGAGAUGCUUUUCACACCAGAAGCUCUAUCUGAAGAUUCCUUUCAACAUUCUUGCGGUCUUGCAAACUUAAAUCUCAACAUUAGUUCAACCAUUUUGAAGGCCCUUGGUACUAAUGCUGUACAUAUUACCUCUGAGAAGCUCUCUGAGGAACUGAAAAGGUUUUGUAAGGCAUCCACAGAUGUAGGUCUGAGACUGCAGAAUGUUAGGAAUUCAGAUUCAACAACACCUGAUGAAUGUUCAGAUGAUAUAGAGGAAAAAGCAAACACCUACUUUCGUGAAUUAUUUUCUGGUCAGAUGACUUCUGAUGCUAUGGUUGAAAUGCUUGCUCGUUUCCGGGAAUCAUCUGAGAGAAGGGAGCAAUUGAUUUUUGAGCGAGUGAUACAAAAGCUAUUUGAGGAGUGCUGUUUAUUCCCUCGGUAUCCAGAAAGACAGCUUAAUACUACAGCUGUUCUAGUAGGUUCCCUGAUAAAGCAUAGGCUUGUGACUGAUCUUACACUUGGUUUAGCAAUACGUACUGUGUUGGAUGCAUUGCGUAAUCCUCCAGACAGAAAAAUAUUUGCUUUUGGGACUCUGGCUUUGGAGCAGUUUCUUGACCGCCUGGUGGAGAUUCCACAGCUUUGCCAUCAUAUUUUGCAAAUAUCUCAUUUACGGGGUACUCAUCCAAAACUUGUUGCAUAUAUUGAGUGUACUCUGGCUCAAUGCCACUUGGAAUCAAAUGGCAGCAGUGCUUCUCCUGCUCUGUGCAGUGGUUCUACUCCAGCCACAGUGAAAAGUAUGGAGUCUUUACUAAUGGUGUCCUUGCAGAAAGAAAAUAGUAUUUCAACAGCUGUAACAUCCCCUGCUUUUGUCCAUUCUUCCAGGAAAAAAACUUCAACCAGCAUGCUUAGACAAAAUUCACAUACUAUGGGGUUUGGUUCCGCAUUGAACAUUGAAACGCUUGUUGCAGCAGCUGAGAGAAGGGAUACUUCCAUGGAGUAUCCUGCAUCAAGUACUCAGGACAAGAUACUAUUUAUGACCAACAAUAUGUCAUCCUCAAAUAUUGAAGCUAAAGCAAAGGAAUUUUCUGAGCUUCUUAGUGAACAGCAUUAUCCUUGGUUUGCACAGUACAUGGUGAUGAAAAGAGCAAGCAUUGAGCCCAAUUUCCACGACUUGUACAUGAAGUUUCUGGACAAAGUUAAUUCAAAAACAUUGAAUCAGGAGAUUACUAAAGCUGCCUAUGAGAAUUGCAAGGUUCUUUUAAGAUCAGAAUUAAUAAAAUCAAGUUCAGAAGAGCGUUCCUUGCUGAAAAAUCUGGGUAGUUGGCUAGGGAAGUUCACUAUUGGAAGAAAUCAAGCACUCAGGGCCCGAGAUAUAGAUCCCAAAUCUUUGAUAAUAGAGGCAUAUGAGAAGGGUCUUAUGAUCGCAGUAAUUCCAUUUACCUCAAAGAUUUUGGAACCAUGCCAAAAUAGCGUUGCCUAUCGGCCUCCAAAUCCUUGGACUAUGGCGAUUCUUGGUUUACUUGCUGAGAUUUACGUGUUACCCUAUCUGAAAAUGAAUCUUAAGUUUGAUAUUGAGGUCCUCUUUAAGAACCUUGGUGUGGAUAUGAAAGUAGUAAAACCAACGUCUCUACUCAAGGAUCGAGCUCGGGAAUCGCAAGGAAACCCAGAUUUUUCUACGAAAGAUAUGGGGGCAUCCCAGGCACAAUUGAUCACUGAAACUGACACUGGAAUUGUGUCUACAUUUAAUGCGGUUGAUUUACAGCCUGAUAUAAUCAGUUCAACUCAGCCCGGUGCCCAUUUAAAGCUCUUGUCACAGGAUGAAAAGAUGGCAACCUUAAGCCUCUCUGACCGGCUUGCUUCUGGACAAGGGCUUCCUCAAGUACCUCCAUCUCAGUCUCAGUAUUCUGUUGGUCAGCUUUCUUCACCUAUCCAUGAUAUUGGAAGUCAUAUUAUCUUCAACCAAAAACUCAGUGCUUUGGGCUUGCAAUAUUUUGAAAGAAGCAUUCCCCUUGCCAUCAAGAGAGCUAUAGAGGAGGUUAUGGAUCAUGUUGUUCAGCACAAUGUAUCCAUAGCUACUCAGACGACGAAGGAGCUUGUCUUAAAGGACUAUGCUUUGGAGUCUGAUGAGACCCCUAUAUAUAAUGCUGCACACUUGAUGGUAGCAAGUCUAGCAGGAAGUUUGACAUGUGUCACAUGCAAGGAUGUUCUUCGUGUCUCCAUCCUGAAUCACCUUAGGAACUCCUUGCAGGCCUCCAACAUUUCGAGUGAACUUCAAGAGCAAGCUGUUGCUAUUAUAUUGAAUGAUAACCUUGACCUUUGUUGUGCAGUGAUCCAGCAUGCUACAACAGACAACGCAUUGAAAACUGUGGACAAUGAAAUCAGCCAACAACUUUCAUUGAGAAGGAAGCAUAGAGACUAUGCUGGUCAGUCAUAUUAUAGCGCAAGUUUGUAUACACAAGGUCCUAUGAGUGUAAUACCAGAGGUCCUCCGCCCGAGACCUGGUCACCUCUCUCAUUCCCAACAGCGAGUUUAUGAGGAAUUUGUUCAGUUUCCCUGGCAAAAUCUGUCUGGUCAGAAUUCAAUUGCAGUUCCUGCUGCUGUGCCAGUUUCAUCUGCUGAUUCUUUUGGUGCUGGUGUGUCUCGUACACAUGUUUUAUCCGCUGGAAAGCUUAGCCUAGGACUCUCUUCAUCUGGAAUGGGGAGUUUGGGGUCAGGUUCUGUUGCUCAGCCUGCGGAUCGUAUUUCUGAGGAGGUGGAUCCUAGUUCUACUGGGCUUCUUAGUGGUUCCUCUGCUCGCAAUGUUGCAACGGAUGGUACUAUAGAGAGUUGUGUUGAAGUUAGCAAUGCUGCGUUAAAUUCUUCACCAGCUACUGUCCUUGAACCGCGUGUUUUAGAAACCUCUAAUGCUAUGAAAAAAUUGGGCGGGACUCUUCCGCCAUUUCUUGCAACUUCCACUGUGGAGCGUAUGGCUGGUGGAAUUUCAGAAUCCUUAUUAACCACUGGAGAUGCUUUAGAGAAGUAUCAAAUUGUUGCUCAGAAGUUGGAAACAUUAGUAACUGAAGACAAUGUGGAGACAGAAAUUCAGGGUGUUAUUGCCCAUGUUCCUGAAAUCAUACUGAGAUGUAUAAGCCGAGAUGAAGCUGCACUGGCUGUGGCCCAAAAGGUUUUUAAGAGUUUGUUUGAGAAUGCUUUAAACAGUUCACACGUUAAGGCUCAUAUCAAAAUACUGGCUGCUAUUCGAGAUGUAUGCAAGCUAGUUGUUAAGGAGCUCACUAGCUGGGUGAUCUAUUCAGAUGAAAAGAGGAAGUUUAAGACAGCCAUUACUGUUGGACUUAUUCGCGAGGACUUGUUGAACCUUUCAGAAUACAACAUGCACAUUACAAAGCUUAUUGAUGCUGGGAGGAAUAAAACUGCUACAGAAUUUGCAAUUUCUCUUCUCCAGAUUUUGUUGGUUGAGGACUCAAGGGGGGUUGUAUCUGAACUUCCCAAUUUGGUAGACGUGUUGGCAAAGCUUGCGACUAAAGCUGGGUCUCCUGAGUCUUUACAACUGUUGGUCAAGAUUGCAACAAAUCCAGCUGCUAAUGCACCAGCUCUUGAUGGAUUUUCUGUUGGCAGUGAUGACAAGGCGAAUGAAUGCAUAGAAAAGAAGGGUUCAGACAAUGCUAUUCCAACUAUGGAAGAAUUGAUCAAUGCCGAUCCUGGGAAAAUGGACCUUUCUGCCUUUAAUGAUCAGGUUUCUGGGCUAUUUGCAGAAUGGUAUAGUAUAAGUGAAAGCCGUAGUCCAAAUGAUGCAGCUUGUUCUCGCUUUCUCUCACAAUUGCAGCAAAAUGGUUAUCUUGAUGGGGAUGAUAUGUCUGAUCGGUUCUUCCAUCAUCUCAUGCAACUUUCGGUGACACAUUGUCUCUCAACUGAGGGGAUUAGUUCCAGGUCCUUGUCAUUCCAUCUGCAUCAAACUUCACAGGACCUAUCAUUUCUUUCUGUUGAUAUGUAUGCAAAGCUUGUUGUUUUGGUUUUGAAGUUUUGCGUGGCAGGGCAAGGACCAAAUAAACUUCUACUUUGGCCAAAGAUAUUAUCAGUUACUGUGAGAGUCCUUCAUAGAGAUGCUGAAGAGAACAGAGUAUCUUUCAAUCCAAGGCCGUAUUUCAGGUUGUUCAUUAGCUGGAUUUUGGAUCUUCUUGCCCCUGAUUCCAUCCUGCAGGGUUCUAACAUUCAGGUCUUAAUUGCUUUUGCAAAUGCUUUCCAUGUAUUGCAGCCUCUUAAAGUUCCUGCGUUCAGCUUUGCCUGGCUUGAACUCAUAAGUCACAGAAGUUUUAUGCCUAAACUGCUCACUGUCAACCCUCUGAAAGGUUGGCCUCUUUUUCAACGCUUGCUGGUUGACCUGCUCAAGUUCAUGGAGCCACAUCUUCGGAAGGCUAAAAUGGGAAAAGCGAUUCAUUAUCUGUACAAAGGCACCCUGAGGGUGUUGGUUCUACUGCUUCAUGAUUUUCCAGAGUUCCUCUGUGACUAUCAUCUCAGCUUCUGUGGUGUGAUCCCUUCCCGUUGCAUCCAGAUGAGAAAUAUCAUCCUCAGCGCAUUUCCACACAAUAUGAAGGUCCCUGAUCCAUUUACUCCUAACUUGAAGAUUGAUUUGCUUCCAGAGAUCAAAAAGCCCCCACGUAGUUCAUUGGAAGUCGUAGCUGCACUGACAGCAAAGCAGAUGAAAUCCGAUAUAGAUGAGUAUCUCAAGACAAGGCAUCAGGGAUCAUUCUUGUCAGAACUGAUGCAGAGAUUGCUUCUGACACAAAAUGAAGCAGCACAAGCAGGGACGCGGUACAAUGUCCCCCUGAUGAACUCCCUUGUCCUCUAUACUGGGAUGAAGAGUGUCCAACUAGUACAAGCAAAUACUUCGAGUCCACUUGUACAGCAGACGGGUACUGAUUUACAAGAAUACUUGAGGGGUCCUGCCUUCGAAAUUUUCCAAAUACGAGAAUACUUGAGGGGUCCCGCCUUAGAAAUUUUCCAAAUGCUGAUUGCGGAACUUGACUAUGAAGGGCGUUAUCUUUUCCUUAAUUCAAUCGCAAAUCAGCUACAGUACCCAAACAAUCUUACACAUUUCUUUUACAUGGUUCUUCUCAACUUGUUUGCGGAAGCUAACCAGGAAAUUAUCCAGGAGCAAAUAACAAGAGUUUUGUUGGAACGCUUCGUUGCGAAUAGACCUCAUCCUUGGGGCCUUCUUGUCACCUUCAUGGAGCUCAUCAAGAAUCCGAAAUACAACUUCUGGAGUUCGUCUUUCAUAAGGUGUGCACCAGAGAUUGAGAAUCUUGUCAGAUCGGUUUCAAGAUCGUGUGGUGGCCCUGAGCCCAUGGACGAGUCUAUGGAAUCUGGUGGAAUUCCUGAUAAUAAUGUGCUCUAAUUCGGGAAAUCUCUGUCUUGUACAGUUUAUCCUCUGAGGAACUGAUUGUCCUAACAAGCAACACAUAUCUUACAGCUACCAGUUAAUUGCAUAGAAGAAAAAAACUUCCUAAAAUCUGAUA